AUGGUGCUCGUAUAUAUGGGCAUCGCGAAAAAGCGCGCGCGCACUCACUCUCGCUCCUCCGUCUUCCUCGAAGUGGUUUCGCCGGGAAAGCGGGGGGCCCGAAUGGAAAUGGCGCCGUCGAAGACCAUCCUCGAUCUCUUCCAGCGGCCGUCGAAGCGUCUCAGGGUCUCCUCCUCCUCCUCCUCCUCUUCCCAGCUCGUUGCCAAGUCCCUCUCCACCGUCCCCGGCGGCGGCGGCGGCGGAACCCCCUCCUCCUCCGCCGAUGAUCUCACGCCUGCUCAGAAAUCCCGCAUCGAGCUCAACAAGCUCCUCGCCAGGUCGCGCCGCAACCUCAAAAUCUGCUCCGACAAAAUCUCCCGCUCCAAAGCUGAAGGCGUGGGUCAUGUGAACCUGGAGGAGCUGUUGGUGGAGGAGACCUGGCUCGAGGCCCUUCCAAGCGAGCUUCAGAAGCCGUAUGCGAAGAACCUGUGCAAGUUUCUCCAGGCUGAGACGUCUUGCGCUGCUGGCAACGUCAAGGGGCCUGUUAUAUACCCGCCUCGGCAUUUGAUCUUUAAUGCUCUGAACUCGACCCCAUUUGACAGAGUGAAGGCCGUGAUUCUCGGGCAGGACCCUUACCAUGGACCUGGUCAGGCCAUGGGACUUUCCUUCUCUGUCCCUGAGGGCAUUAAGAUCCCCUCGAGUCUUGCCAACAUUUUUAAGGAGCUAAAACAAGAUCUCGGCUGCUCCAUUCCUUCUCACGGCAAUCUCGAGAGAUGGUCUGCUCAGGGUGUUUUAUUGCUCAAUGCUGUUCUCACUGUCAGAAGUCAUCAAGCUAACUCGCAUGCAAAGAAAGGAUGGGAGCAAUUUACUGAUGCUGUCAUCAAAACAAUCUCUCAUGAGAAGAAAGGAGUAGUUUUUCUGCUGUGGGGAAAUUCUGCUCAAGAGAAAAGAAGGUUGAUUGAUGAGACAAAGCAUCACAUACUGAAAGCAGCACAUCCUUCUGGUUUGUCUGCAAACAGAGGCUUUUUUGGUUGCAGGCAUUUUUCUCGCACAAACCAGAUUCUGGAGAACAUGGGACUUGAUCCCAUAGAUUGGCAAUUAUGAAAGGGAGAUGGGCUUGGAAUGGUGUCCUUUUUUGCGGGUGAUUGUUAUUUUCUGGUGUUAGAUUCACAUGCCAUAUGGAGAUGGGCACUUUUUUAAGACAGCCGCUGGCUUACCCUCUUAGUUAAUUUAUAUUCUGGGAAUAUUUGUAUGUAUGUAGAAACUAGAAAGACAGUGAAGGGAUGAGUCUAUUAGUACUGCCAGAAGAGCUCAUUUUGCUGGUGUUCAACAUCAUGUGAAAAUUUGAAGGCCUAAAAAAAGCGAUUUGCCGCAGGAA